UCCUUUUCAUGUGCCAUAGAGUUUCUUGAUCAUCUCAUCUCGGUUCUGUUGCGACUUAUCAACUUCUUUCAUUUCAUCCUUCUUUGCCAAGCGAGAUUCUCGAUAGACUGAUCCGUGUCACAAUGGCUGCCGAUGACGCUUCGAAGAGCUCAGCGCAAGCAGCCUCAAAAGCUGUGGAUCAACAAAAUGCCACCGAGUCAGAAACCAAUCACGCGACAUCUCAGACCAAUGGCACAGUGACCAAUGGCUCGGCAGAGGAGGGUGCAAAUGGUGCAGAUGACUCUACUGCUGCUGGUCAGCCGGCCGAGAGCGUCUUUCAACUCACGAUCAAGCUGCCACACACUCCAGGUCAGACGCAGGUGAUGGUCUCCGCUCAGGAACAGGUCCAGGACAUUCGCCAAUCUAUCGUUGACACUCCGCAUACUUUCCAAUACUCAUGCUUUCAUCUCGAACAUCAAGGCAAGCGUAUCAACGACUUUGUCGAGCUAUCCGAAAUCCCGGACGUUGUCUCGGAUCCGAUCCUCACCCUCGUCGAGGAUCCCUACACAGAAGCGCAGGCACGUAUGCAUGUCGUCCGUGUACGGGAGUUGAUAGGAGCUGCUGGCGAUAGAACAGACUUGGUGCUGGGUAUCGAUGCGGGGACAAGUUUGUGCGAUGGAGUUGAUCUGACUGGAGGCAACGGUGGAAGAGAAGAUGAAAGCCCCGUGUCACACUACGACUUGAACGCACCUGGGACAAUCUCAACCUUGAUCCCACAACCGCGGGAACCUUCGCCAAAGACCGUCAAACAGCUCUCCCUCUCUGCUUGGAAUCCGCCACCAUACCACCUCCGAAUGCGUGGGCAUCUGCUUUACCUACAAGUCACCACGAACGAGGGUGAACAGCAUUACAUCACUUCCCACGUCUCUGGAUUCUUUGUCAACAAGUCGACCAACACCAAGUUCGACCCUGCACCUCGAGUCACGCCCAAGUCUGCAUCUGCUCAUUCUCUCAUCAACCUUCUUAGUCAGGUUUCGCCCUCCUUCGAAGCCGCCUUCACUCGAUUACAAGAGUACAACGGUCAACGAGAUCCGCUUGCGUCGUACCAAUUGACCAACAGCAUCCCUUCGGCGCCGUGGUUGGUGUCCACCGCAUCCAUCCAACAGCAUCAAGCAGAUCUGACUCGCACACAAGAAGCUUUCCUGCUGGCAGGUGCAGAGAACGCCGAAACCCUCCGAGACUGGAACGAAGAACUCCAAUCAACUCGCGAGUUGCCGAAAGAGACGGUUCAGGAUCGGGUGUUCCGAGAGAGAUUGACAAACAAGCUGUUUGCCGAGUACAAUGAAGCAGCUAUCCGAGGUGCCUGCCUGGUGGCUCGUGGAGAAGUCCAGCCUCUCAACCCAACGGAGUCAAGAGAUGCACAGAUUUUCGUAUACAAUAACGUGUUCUACUCCUUUGGCGCCGACGGCGUUGGCACCUUCGCCAGUGACGGCGGUGACGAAGCAGCCAGAGUGGCUACUGGCAAGGAUGUCCAGGGUGUGAAAGCUGUAAAUCAAUUGGACAUUGACGGACUGUUCACACCCGGUACUGUUGUCGUUGACUAUCUUGGUAAACGUGUGGUCGGACAGAGCAUCGUCCCAGGUAUCUUCAAACAGCGGGAGCCUGGCGAGCACCAAAUCGACUACGGUGGUGUUGAGGGUAAAGAUGUCAUCGCGACGCACGAGGGUUUCGCGCAGCCGUUCAGUGAGCUAAGCAAAGCCAUGCGUGUGAAGAAGCAUGCGGUGUGGGAUAAAGAAGGAGAAAAGCACGAUCUCGAAGCCAGUGUCGAGACCAAGGGUCUUCUGGGUACAGACGGCCGUAAGUACGUGCUUGAUCUGUAUCGUGUGACUCCACUUGAUAUCGCAUGGUUGGAAAAGCACAGAGGGCAAGAUGAAACGAUGGAAAAUCGCUACCCACAUCGCAUGACUGUCCUCCGACCAGAACUUGUUGAUUCUUACCGCAUCACGAAGAUGCGAGAAUACAUCUCCAAGGAGCUUGAGAAGAAGCGAGCGGCCAAGGAGAUCGAAGCGAAAGCUGCAACCGAAGGCGAGGGCGAGGGCGAAGCCGAGAAGCCCAAGCCUCAGCAGCAAGAAACUGUUGACAUGUCAAACUUCAGCUUCACUCUCAACCCCGAUGUUUUCAGUGGGCAGCAGCCUCAAACCGACGAGGAGAAGGAAGAAUGGGCCAAUGAUGAGCAGCAGGUGCGCGCGGUGUGCGAAUAUCUGACCGGCGAUGUCCUGCCCAAAUUGGUCAACGACCUCAAAGAAGGUGACGUCGGAUUUCCGAUGGACGGCCAGAGUCUUGUUCGCGAAUUGCACAGACGUGGUAUCAACAUCCGCUACCUUGGAUUGAUGGCAAGUUUGUGUGAUGAGAAGCAAGACAAGCGCCUCAUAGCGCUCAAACAGCUCUGCGAGCAGGAAAUGGUCGCCCGUGCCUUCAAGCACGCAUGCAACCAGCAGCUCCGUGCCCUCCCUCCUUGCUUUGCCCAGAGUCUGGUAGCACACAUGCUCAACUGUUUGUUGGGGACUGGCUUCAAUUCAUCUCCUCAAGCAGAGAUCGAAGAGGAGGUUAAGGCGAUGUACCCGGAGACUUCCUUCGAGUUCGAGAAGCUCAAGCCAGCCGCUCUCGAGCAAGAACUUCGGCAGCAAAUUUCCUUGCGAUUCAGGUACGACACUACUGGAGAUCUUGUGCAAAAUGGCAAGCAACUUCAACUCCUUCGUGAGAUUUGCCUCAAGCUGGGAUUCCAGCUGGAAGCCAAGGAAUAUCAAUUCGCGAAAGAGCUUACAGCUCCCAGUGACACCGUCGUCGAGAAGAAGUCAUCAGAUUCAUUGGCGGUACCACAAGUGAAUGGUACAUCAGCCAACGAAAGCAACAAGAAGAAGAAGUCAAAACGCACCGGUCACUCUCCCGCUCGGCCAGCUGUGCAGACACCAAUUGCGGUGCCUGUCACCUUUUCUGCGGACAACAUCCUUAAUAUCGUGCCGCUCGUGAAGGAGGCAUCGCCGAGGAGCGUACUGGCUGAGGAGGCCUUGGAUGCUGGACGCAUGAGCAUCCAACAAGAUCAGAAAGAACUCGGCCAGGAGCUCCUUUUGGAAAGCUUGAGUCUUCAUGAGCAGAUCUAUGGUAUCCUCCACCCUGAAGUCGCGCGCGUUUACUACGCACUCUCGACACUGUAUUAUGGUCUUGAUGAGAAGACUGCUGCCGUUGAGCUCGCGAAGAAGGCUGUCAUCGUUUCCGAGCGCACACUUGGAAUCGACAACGCGGAGACUGUACUUGCCUAUCUCAACUUGAGCUUGUUCGAACAUGCCACUGGAAACACACGCGAUGCGCUCGCUUACGUUCGCCACGCAUUGAAUUUGUGGAAGGUCGUCUACGGAAUCCGUCACCCUGACUCCAUCACCACUAUCAACAAUGCUGCCGUUAUGCUGCAGACCCUCAAACAAUUCCACGAGUCACGUCUAUGGUUCGAAGCGUCCUUGGACAUCUGCGAGGAGGUAUCCGGUAAACAGUCUGUCAACUCGGCUACCUUACUAUUCCAACUUGCCCAAGCAUUGGCGCUUGACCACGACGGCAAAGCUGCCGUCACCAAGAUGCGCGAAAGCUACAGCAUUUUCAAGGCCGAGCUUGGCCCCGAGAACCAGAACACUAAGGAGGCCGAGAUGUGGCUCGAAACCCUGCUUCAUUCGGCAGUCAACCAGGCCAAGCAAGCAAAUGCGCUUCUUCAGAACCGCAAAAUCCUCCUUCGCAGUGGCAAGCAGUCGGGUGUCCCGACCGGAACAAGACCCCAGCCGUCAGUCGGCCAGAGCACCAGUGCGCAAGCGUUGCCUUCCUCUUUGGCGCCCGGAAGCGGCGGCGUUGAUCAGCGCAAUGUCGAUGAGCUGCUGAAGUACAUUAACGGUGAGAGCAGUAAGCAAUCGACACCGAAGAAGAAGACCUCCAACCCACGACGUCGACCACAGCAGCGUCCUGCUGCGUGAGGACCGAAAGCAUAGGACAAAUCAUAUUAUCCUCUCGGCGAUACAUACUUAGAAUCAUGUCUCGAUGUUGGUAUUCGCACCACGAAAUAGCGAAUUGUCGUGCUUGGUUUGUCAUGCUAUGAAA